UGUACUCUAUGAUCAUUCUAUGGUAUUUAAUUGAAAAUGUUUACUUCUCUCAAAGACUGAAUAUAUCAGAGAAAACCUCUGAUAAACCUGAAGAAUAUCUUCAUUAUGGGUUUAUUGACUGAUCCAAAUUGCGAUCAAGGGAAAUUAACCAAAGCACUCCUGAAAUACCACAAUGUCAUAUGCAUAAUAUUUUAUAUCGCCGGUGGAAUCGCCUUCUCACUUUUAGCCAGUAAGGAACUCAGUAACAACACAUAUUUCUCUGAAAAUGCUCUUCUGGCAGGCUUAGUGAAGUCAGAGUUUCGUGAUGACUCUCUCGCUAGACUCUACUUCAAAGAACUGCAAGACGAAAUGGUGAAAUAUGAACAUUCCUUGCCAUAUCCAUGGCUUCUUGCUAAAUUUCAACAAAUAGGAUUGGAUACCUACACACAUAAUUUCACUCUGCAUCCCGUGUUAGGGAAGUCUCAAAAGUUCACUGGAAAAAACGUAUAUGGAAUUCUGAGAGCACCUCGGGCUGCUAGUACAGAAUCGCUGAUCCUAAGUGUUCCAUAUCGUCCCCCAACUAGUCCACACCCUACAACAGCACCUUCCAUUGCAAUGCUAUUGGCUUUUGCAAAUUUUGCAUCUAAAGAGAAAUAUUGGGCUAAGGAUAUCAUAUUCUUGAUAACUGAACAUGAGCAGCUUGGAAUUCAAGCUUGGCUUGAAGCAUAUCAUCAAGUGAGCUGUGGAACUGGUGUAUUAGAAAGUGGAGAUUUGGAAGGAAGAGCCGGAUCCAUCCAAGCUGCUAUCAAUCUAGAACUUCAUUCUGUUAAAAUAGCUCAUAUUGAUAUAAAAAUCGAUGGAUUGAAUGGACAACUCCCUAACCUUGAUCUUUUCAAUUUAGUUACCAAAAUUUGUACAAAAGAAGGUGUUUUCAACACUUACAAAAUGAGAGAAAACAAGGAAUUUGGGCAAGCAGUUGAAGAUUGGCACUAUGCGCAAGAAACUCUAUUUGCAACGAUGUUAUCUAAAGCAAUUGGUGUACCAGACGGAAAUCAUGGAUUAUUCCACCGAUUUGGAAUAGAAGCUUUAACAAUCGAAGGACAUCCUUACAAUGGUAAAGGAAACAAUUGGAGAGUUGAAUUUCUGAUAGUUGGUAGAAUUUUGGAAGGUGUCUUCAGAAGCUUGAAUAAUCUACUGGAAAAGUUUCAUCAGAGUUUCUUUUUCUAUUUUUUAAUUUCUUCUAAUAGAUAUGUAUCAAUUGGACAUUAUUUCCCGUCACUUGCUGCUAUAGCGGGAGUGCUUUAUCUGAGGGCUUGUGCCAAAUGGUGUAAUUUACAAAAAAAGGCGAAAUCUGAGAAAAAUGAGGAUGAAGAUGAGGAAGAAGUAAAACAGGAAGAAAUUCAAGUUUUAGAAGGUCAUAAAAGAGUGAAGGAGGUGUUUUGUGACAAAGACCAAUUGGCAAAGAUGCAAAAGUCAUUCCAGCAAGAAAUGAAAUUAGCUUGUGCUGACCCUGAACCAGAAAAGAGCCAGCUGAGUGAAGUUCUUUUAGUGUUUCUCAUUGUUCAUUGUAUAGGAAUAACCUUGAUGAAUAGUCCAAAACAUUUGGUUCAAUUAGGAGAAGCUUUUGAUAUUCCAAAAGAAAAAUUCCUGUUUGGUGCAUACUUCUUGUUAUCCAUAAUCCUGUUAAUCAUUCCAGCUUUUGUUAAGUUCAGGAAAAAUGUGGAAGCCAUGGCUAUAUUCAACGUUCUGGCUCUUUUAGAGUUGGGGACAUUUUUAAUCUGUAUUGGAAUGAAUAAUUUCAGUUUAGCAAUAUUUAUGGGAUUGCUUUACACUCCUUUAGUUCUAUUCAUCAACAAUUGCCACUCCAAAAUUGCAAUCAUAAUUCAAAGGUUUUUUUGGUGUUCGUUCCAUCCUAUAUUUCUUAUUCUUAUCCUUUGUUUAAACCGUAUUACUCUUAUGUUUCCUAAUGAAGAACCAGACGAACAUCUUUUACGUGUUUUAGCUGCUGCUCAACAAGCUUUAGUUUAUAGCAUUGUGGAUUCAAUGAUAUAUGGAAAUUGGUUGUUCAAUAUCAUAACGGCAAUAUUUAUACCUAAUUGGUUAUGUUUCUGGAUUCUUACCUUUUCUCCUAAAAGCAUUGAAGAGGAUAAAGAUAAUGUUGAUCAUAAAAAACUUGACUGAGAUAAUUUUUUAUUUGGAUUAAAUGUAUUUACAUUAUUAGUCAUGAGUGAGAAACUCAGGUUCGCCUACUUUUGUAUUUUUUUCUACUGUUAAUCAACUGUUACUAUUCCAUAUAAGAAAUAAAUAUAGUAUCUAAAAAUUUAAUUCAAAGAUACUUGAUAGACUAGUCAAGAAAAAACAUUCUGUAAUGUUUCUAAUAAAUGUACUACUGAAAAAAUUCAAUAAAAGUCCUUAGAACCUA